CGAUCAUCUAUUUAUGUAUUCUAUUUUCGUGAUAUACUAAAUCGGAUCAUACAUAUAUUCGUAUAUAUGUGUAUAAUAUAUACGAACAUAGUGUGUAUUGAACCAACUGCGGAGAAAAUUAUUUUUAUGUUAAACUUGAGUUCUUUGAAGAACGAUCUAAAUCACUAGGAUAAGUAUAUAAUUAUCGAGUUAGAACUCAGUACACAACAACCCACUGAUUAACAUACUGAUUACCUCGUAACAUACCUUUCUAUGGGGAACAUAACCUUUGUUUAUUUUUUAUAUACCCGUUGUCUACCGAGAUUACCGAGCUGUAAGUGAAUGGAAUCGAAAUUUCCUAGCCGAGUGGCACCGAAAAAUAUAUUGUGGAAGCAUUUCAUGAAAACAGAGGACGGAGGUACUUGCAAUAUGUGCCAACGGAAUGUAAAAACGAGUGGUAACACUACAAAUUUACAGCGACACAUGGAACGAUAUCAUCCUCAAUUACUGGAAAGUGGUAAUUCUGUUAGUUCUGUCACAUCCAAAACACCUACAACUAAUAAACGGAAAAGAGAACCCAUGUCACAAACUAUUGAUGAAGAAGAUGAAGGAGGAUACAUGUCGAAUUCAUCUGACGAAUCGACGCCAAUAAAAAAAUUUAAAGGAGCAGCAUCACGAAACUUCGAGAGUGAAAAAAGCAACAUUCCAACAUCUACUGGAUUGAAACAGCCAACACUAAAUGCAGUAUUCGCGAAGCAAAAAUCAUUCGAAGUUAGAUCGACAACGUUAAGAAUUGAAACAAAUAAUUGGUUGUGUUUUAAUAAAUGAUAUCUCAUUUUUCAUAAAUAUAUUUUAGAUAGAGGUUCGAAGGCAACUGAAAUUACGGAGAAGAUUAUAUAUAUGCUUGCCAAAGACAACCUACCUUUUGCUACAGUUGAAAAGGAGGGAUUUCGAUUACUUAUGACAACCAUGUCACCACUUUACAAAAUUCCUUACAGAUAUACUGUGACUCGGUUGAUUGAAGUAAAGUACGAUUAUUUAUCGAAAAUAAUGAAAGAAAGAUUAUCAUCGGUAAACGAUAUUUGUUUGACGGCAGAUAUAUGGACAGAUACAUUGAAUACGAAGAGCUACAUUGGAGUAACAGCCCAUUACAUAUUGAGAACACAGUUCAAAUCUGUAACGAUUGGCGUGACGGAAUUAGAAGAAAAUCAUACGGCUGAUUAUCUGAAACACUGGCUUCUAAAAAUUACCUCAGAUUGGCGAAUCGAGAAAGAAAAUAUAGUGGCUAUAAUUACCGACAAUGCUAGUAAUAUAAGAAAAGCUGUUGUGGAUGGCUUUGGCUCGGACAAACAUCUGUUCUGUUUUGCUCACACUCUAAAUUUGGUUCCUUCUAACGUUAUAAAAAAGGAUGAAAUAAUUAAUAGUCUUUGCAAAAAAGUAAAAAGAAUUGUUGGAUAUUUUAAAAAUUCAGUUAUUGCCGCAGAUCAGUUACGAGAGCACAGUAAUUUGAAAUUAAUACAAAGUAUGGAAACGAGAUGGAACUCAACAUAUGAAAUGCUCGAUCGGUUUAUCAACUUGGCAGAUAAAAUUGGUUCUAUUCUUCUUCACUGCCCUUCAGCUCCACCAAUGUUAACUUCAGGUGAGCUCCAAACAAUAAAAGAAUUCGUCACUCUUUUAAAACCAUUCGAAGAAGCAACGAAAAUGAUUUGUGGUGAAAAAUACUUAACAGCCAGUAAGGUAAUACUCGUAGUUAAUACAUUACAUUUUAAAUUAGAAAACUGUAAGCCAGCGAGUGAAAUUGGAGAGCGUUUAAAAAAAUUGUUGAUUAAAGAAUUCUCUAAAAGAUUUAAAGAUGUAGAAUGUGUUUCUCUUCUUGCAAUUGCGACGAUCCUGGACCCACGUUUUAAAAAACUAAAUUUCAGAAAUAAAAUUGCUUGUUCUAAUGCAGUUGCUAAAAUUUAUAGAGCAUUAAAAGAAGUUGAAAUAGAGCAAGAUAUCCCUAACAAUAAUGACUCUGAAAAUAAGGAAAAUGUAGACAAGAAAAACGAUUUUUGGGCUUUCCAUAAAAAUUUAGCAAGUGAAUCGGUAUCCAGAUGAGAUAACCGAGAUAACGAAACAUCUGACGAAUUGAAAUGCUAUUUAAAUCGGCCAGUUAUCAACAUGUCAUCUUGUCCAAUAAAAUUCUGGAAUAAUCAUCCUAACACGCGAAUUUCGGCAGUAGCCAAUCGUCAUUUCACAUUAGCUGGAACGUCUGUUCCUUCAGAACGUUUAUUUUUCAAAGCUGGCAUAAUUUUAAAUGAAGCACGAAAUCGUUUAAGUGGCAAACAUCUCAACCAACUGCUAUUUUUAAAUUCUUUGUCAAUUGAAGAUUGGUAUGCAUUAU